AUGAAGCAAAUCCGAAGUUUGGAGGGGAAAGUGCAGGAUUACGAGACUACGUUGAAAGAGGUAGUAAAACAGGUCGACGGCCAAUCUGCCGAACGCAUUAAACAUCUACUCCAGAAGUACAACUCCAAUUCAGAGAAUGCGUCGAAUGGAAUGCCAGAUGCGUCUCAGGACCAGACUGGGAGGUCUAAGCGAUCCAGUUCACCUUCUUCCAUCGGGUCAUUGGAAGCGGUAGAUCGGGUUGAGGAAGACCUCAAUUUAACGGAAAGCUCCCGGGCAACUGGAUAUAUGGGCAAGAGCUCAGAGGUUACGUGGAUGGGCCGCGUGGAGGAAGAAACCGAACUGCGCAGUCGCGAUCAAUCACCACAAGCCAAACCCGAAGAUUAUACCACCGACAAAGUCGCUCCAUCCACGGUCAACUAUCAUAUCGAUGAUCUGGGGAUUGAUGCACCCGGACCAGUACAAAUGUAUUGGGUGCCACCUCAAUCGGUGGCAGAUCAUCUGUUUGAAACGUAUCUACACGCAGUUCACCCGCAUUUCCCUAUCAUCAACAAGACUCUGUUUUCCAGUCAAUACAGGGAUUUCUUCACUGAUAUAUCUUAUGCGGGUGAUAGAUGGAUGGCAAUAUUGAACAUGAUCUUCGCCAUUGCAACAGAAUACUUAUAUAACAGUGAUGAAGCACAACGGGGGGAUAUCAAAGACCAUCUCUUCUACUUAACACGAGCUCGAAUGCUAAGUAUGGGUGGCGAUAGUCUAUUCCAGCAUCCGGACCUUGAGCAAGUGCAAGUAGAGGGGUUGGUUGCAUUCCACAUGCUAUCUACAAACCAGAUUAAUAGGGCGUGGAGAAUCUCGGCUUUAGCAAUUCGGUCCGCCAUCUCCCUUGGCAUCAACCUGAAAAGCAGUUCGCUGAAAAUGUCAGGUGUAGCGAAGGAGAUACCCUGCCGAGUGUGGUGGUGUCUUUACACGGUUGAACAUAAGCUGGGCUCGAUGACUGGUCGGGCAACCUCUAUUUCGACCAAUAUGUAUACCACUCAACUACCCCUCCCCUUUGACGAAGAUCAUUUGUCGGAACCACCAGCUUCAGAGCUUCUUGAUGACCUUCAUAUGAGAGAGAAACGCGUGAACAUGGCCAUGACUAGCCCACACCUUCGGCAUCCCGACCGUCAGCAGACCGAAGAAGCAAAAGCUGGGCGCUCGUGGCUUCAAAGCCUCCCAGUCACUACCAGUCUUUAUUUCCUAUACCUCUGUGAUCUCACAGUUCUGAACCAAGAAAUCCUAGACCGCGUCUAUUCAGCAGAGUGUGCGACAAUAUCAUGGGAAGAGAUCAAGGCCACCAUUAAACGAUUGAAGGGAAAUGUCGAUGCGUGGUUAUUAGCUCUUCCACCCGGGCUGGACUUUACUUCUAUGAAAGAUGAAAAUCAGCAAACAUACUGGGCAAAGAAAAACCUGGCAUUCCACUAUUAUAGCACACGAAUCGUGCUAGGUCGUCCAUGUCUCUGUCGGCACAACCCAAAUCGGAGUAAAGAACAACAGAAACGUCUCGACCAGCGGGGAUUUAGUCACGACACGGCUGUGAUGACUCUGGAAUCGGCCAUGCAAACGCUUGAUUUGUUGCCCGACGAGCCGAAUUCUGCACAUCUAUAUCAGUUCGCCCCGUGGUGGUGUUUCCUCCAUUAUAUCAUGCAGACAGCAGCAGUGAUUAUUCUGGAGCUGUCGUUUGGCUGUGUGCACAUGAAAGACCGAGAAAGCAAUCUGGUUCAAUCAGCAAAAAAGUCCGUCCGGUGGCUUUACAUGAUGUCCAUGCAUUGCACGGCAUCAUAUCGUGCAUGGCAACUUUGUCAAAGUGCAGUUCGCCGGCUGGUGUCUAGCAUGGGAUACGACUCCAGCGACAUACCAGCAUCUCCGGAUAAGCAGAGUGACGAUCCCUUUGUUUAUUCCGCUGGCCUCGCAACGCCCACACAGCUUAAUUCAAUAAUAGCCAGUUUGCAUGUUUUGCCUUACAACGGUCAAGAUCAAUCGUCAACUCUUCCCGAUACCGAUCAUGCUGUGGAUCAUUGCAAUAAUGACUUGGACCUCCCGGAUUCUUUGGCAUCUGGAUUUUUAUCCAUGCCAAAUACCCAAGACCACACUGGAGGCGAUGCACAUUUCCCUUUGGACCCAAUUAGCGAAGCGUUCAUUGGUUAUUUCUUCCCUUCGCUUGACGGAGAUGACAACCUGGGCGGUGGAAAGCAUACAUUCUGA